AUAUGUGACGAGUUCGGCCGUCGUCGGGACCGUCGUACCAGUCUGCCUAGCUCCGUGGCGUUAGUAAUUAGCAAGCAUGGCGACCGCACAGUGAUAAAAAAUAAAAAAUAAAUUUUUUUUUUUUUUUUAAAAAAGAGAGAGAAUAACAUCAAUCGCCCCAUAUUCGUGUGCGGCGCUCGAAACAUAUCGUCAUAGAGGGGAGUUUGGAUCUAUUUUAAAUGUUCCUUUCCAAGAUCGAAUCAAACAAUCGGACUGAUGUGCAGCUUAGGGUUCAAAACACGCAAUAGUCCAUCGCAGAAAACGUCAUUGCGUUGGGGCGAUUGUUGUCCACUGUGGUUUUCAGACAACUGCACUAAAACCCUGUAGGGAACUAAAAUCGGCUUACACUUAUUUUUAUUUUUGUAACUACGAGCCAAGUUUUCCGUUUCAUAAGAGUUACCUUUAUUAAUCUGUUAACAAAAAAGUAUUUCGAUAUACAUAUCCUAUAUUUGUUUAAACUUUGUUACAUAUACAUUUUUAUUGAUAUAUUUUUGUUGUGUUGAAAAAAAAUAUACCUAACAAAAGCAAUUCGUUGGUGAUAUUGUUACCGGAAAUGUGUUAGUGUAGCUGAUCCAGAGAGUGUACUACUUGAACACGAAAACGAAAACAGUCGAUUGGAGGGCAAUUUGAUUACACAAUAAAACCACUCGUCCAAUAAAUCGUCCACGAUGAACGUCGUGGGCGUCAUAUCUAUAGUUUUCUUCUAUUGCCUAAUCCUGUCGGUCGGACUAUGGGCCGGCAAGAAGAAACACACCGGCAACUCGGAGGAAGAAGUUAUGUUGGCGGGCAGAAAUAUUGGGCUUUUCGUCGGCAUAUUUACGAUGACGGCAACUUGGGUCGGCGGCGGGUAUAUUAAUGGGACGGCCGAAGCGAUUUACACGUCAGGCCUGCUAUGGUGUCAAGCUCCGUUCGGAUAUGCUCUAAGUUUGGUCUUCGGUGGAAUAUUUUUCGCCGAUCCUAUGCGCAGACAAGGGUAUGUUACCAUGUUGGAUCCGCUUCAAGAUUGUUUUGGCGAACGUAUGGGAGGACUGCUGUUUUUACCAGCUUUGUGCGGCGAAGUGUUUUGGUCUGCCGGGAUAUUGUCCGCUUUGGGGGCUACGUUGAGUGUGAUCAUCGAACUGGACCAGGCCACCAGCGUUAUUUUGAGCUGUUGCAUUGCAGUCUUCUACACCAUUUUCGGAGGACUAGCCAGCGUCGCUUACACGGAUGUCAUUCAACUGUUCGCCAUAUUCAUAGGACUGUGGUUGAGCGUGCCGUUUGCGUGGUAUAACAAGAAAGUAGACUUUAACCAGCCUGGUUUGGAUUUGAUCGGUGAGAUCAAGGGAAAGGAUUUCUUAAGCUACAUAGAUUACGCGUUGCUGUUGGUGUUUGGUGGAAUUCCGUGGCAGGUCUAUUUCCAGAGGGUGUUAUCCAGUAAAUCUGCUGCACAAGCUCAGAUACUCUCAUUCGUCGCUGCUUUUGGAUGCUUCAUCAUGGCAAUACCACCGGUUAUUAUUGGAAUGGUAGCAAGGGCUACAGAUUGGAAUCAGACAAAAUACGAAGGACCUAUGCCAAUGACUCAGAAGGAAACUAGCAUGGUGUUGCCAAUGGUUAUGCAGUACCUUACUCCAGAUUGGGUGGCGUUCUUCGCAUUGGGCGCGAUUUCUGCAGCUAUAAUGUCUUCGGCCGAUUCCAGCGUUCUUUCAGCCAGUUCUAUGUUUGCGCGAAAUAUCUAUCGAAUGUUAUUACGACAAAGCGCAUCAGAAAUGGAGAUUGUCUGGGUCAUGCGAUUAUCCAUCGUAGUCGUCGCCUUUUCCGCUACGACUAUGGCAAUUACUAUCCCGUCCAUUUACGGCCUGUGGUCCAUGUGUUCUGACCUAGUUUACGUUAUCCUAUUCCCACAGUUAACUAUGGUAGUUCAUUUCAAACACUAUUGCAAUACAUACGGGUCAUUGGCUGCGUACAUAGUCGCAUUUUACAUACGAAUGGCUGGCGGCGAACCUCUGUUGGGCCUGCGACCAAUGAUACACUUCCCUGGAUGGGACGGUGAAAAACAACUGUUCCCGUUCCGGACCACAGCUAUGCUCUGUUCGUUGUUUACGCUAGUAUUCGUCUCUUGGUUUACAAAGUGGCUGUUUAUCAACGGUAAGCUGGCACCGCACUACGACUGGUUCCAUUGCGUGGUGAACAUACCGGAGGACGCGGUACGAGUUGGGGAGCCGCACGAGGGUGAACAGAUGACCACGCUUACGUCGGGACCGAUGGGGGCGCAGUACGGCGCCGCCGUGACCACCGGUCUGGUCGGCAAAGACGAGAGGAAUGGCAGAAUCAACCCGGCACUGGACAUCAAUGACGACGAAGCGACUACCGCGGUUCAGAGGAAAGCCAGCGUCGUGGGAAAGGUGUACAAGCAGGGGUACGAACAGACGACCACCGGGUUUUGAGUAGGUCGUAUCUCGCGCGGCCCAGUUUUGAUAGGAUCACGAGAAUUAUCGUAGUAGCCCUCUAUUCGUAACAUAUUGUAACCAAAACCCCUUAAGUCUAAUACAAAACUAUUACCUAUUUAUUCAAAACAUUGGGCCGACCUCAACACGUUUGGGUAUGAAAACAUUUUGAAAAAAAAA